CUAAAGUACCUCCGAGGCACAAGGACCUUUCUGACUGAAGCUAGCAAGUGUCAAAUUAGCUUACGUGCACAAAAACUUAUUUUGAAGAAAAAAAAAAAAACGAAAAAAACAAAACGAAAACAGCAAGUAUAUUUUGCGGUAUUUACGAUAACUUCCCGACUAUGUUAUAAUAGGGCGUUAACGGACCAACGAGUCACUGCCGUCUGGAAACCAUGACGGAUGCUAACGAGGUGUGUGAAUCACUCAGCUCAGACCAGGACGAACUAGUCGGCUCUGAUACUGACGAUACUAAAGAAGAACACGAAGGGUUUUCAUGUCACGAAGAGCCGGCCUCAGGUGAUAUUCCUUCAUCUCUACUGAGCUACUUUGAAAGCUCAAAGAGCAGAGCAGCAGCUUGUGAAAAGUUCAUUCUCGAGGACCUUGGAGACAUCACUGCAUCCUGUCUCACUGAAGACGGGACGCCUAUUGAGCUAAAUAAGGAAAUGAUGAAAGUAAAUGAGCAGGUCUUUCAUUUAACUGAAAAUGUGAAUGACACGACUGACCACCACCUUCUCUAUGACCCAGGAGAGAUGCAAACACUUUAUGCUCACAAUGGGUCAAUGAGUCCCAACAACGGAGGUGACGAUGAAACUGAUGAAUAUAUUGAGGAUCAGAAUUAUUUGACAUUGAAAAUCAAUGAAUUUGAUGUAGAGGAGAAAAAGGAGCAAAGAAGACAAAGGGAAGUAGACUUCCAGGAGGAGCUGAGGAAGAUAAUGGAGGCAGAGAAGCUUCAACAGAUGGAACUUGAACUGAUGGCAAAGGGAGCGCAGGAAAAACUUGAAGAGGAGUUUCUGGCUCAACAGGAACUGAUUAGUAAUUUAAAAAAACGGGUGGAUAAAGAGAGGAGCAUGAUUGAAGAGGAGCAAAAGAAGAGAAAAGAAGAAUGAGAGGUAAGGAGGGAGAAGGACAAGGAAGAAAAGAGGAAGAGAGAAGAGGAAGAAAAAAGGAAAAUGAAAGAAAAAGAAGAAAAAAGGAAGAAUGAAGAGGAGGAUAAGAGGAAAAGGCAAGAAGAGAGAAAGCAAAUAGAUGAAGAAGAAAAGAGAAAAAUGGAAGAAAUGAGACUUAAAGAAGAAGACGGAAGAAAUAAAGAAGAGGAGCAGAUGAAAAAGAAGGGGGAAGAGGAAAAGAGAAAAAGGGAAGAGGAAGAACACAAAUUAGAGGAAGAGAAGAAGAAGGAAAAUGAAGAGAGGAAAGGGAAAGAAAUACAAAUGAGGGAAGAGGAGGAGAGAAGAAAUGAGGAAAUAAAAGAAAAACAAAAAGACAAAGAUGAGAAAAAAUUGAUAGAAGAGACUGGAAAAGAGCUGAUGGAGGAUGAAAAAGGAGGAAGUAAGGAGAAAGAAGAAAGAAAAAAGAAGGAUGAGGAGGAGGUGAGAAUAACUAAGGAGCCGGAUGUGAUGAUGAAGCAGGAGGAGAAGGGGAAGAAGGUUGAAGAGAGAAAAAGUGAAGAGGAAAGAGGAACAUCGCAUGCUGAGAAUAAGAUGACGCACGACCAGAUGAGGAGAAUAGAAGGGGUAGGUGAAGAAAAAAGAAUGGACACGGAGGAAAGACAUAGUGUGGAAAAUAAAUAUAUGACAGGGGAGGAAGAGGAGAAGAAAACUAAAGUGGAUGAGCUUGAAAAGAAGGGAGAAGUGGAGAGGAAAAGGAGGGAUAAGGAAGAGUUGAGAGUUACGAAGGAGCUUGAGGUGAGGACAAAACAGGAGAUGGUGAAAAAAGAGGUGGAGGGAAGAAGUGAAGAAGACGGUAGAAAGACAGAAGUUGAAAAUAAAAUGCUGCAUGAACCGGUAAGGAGGGAGGAAGAGGGAGGUGAAGAAAAGGGAAUGGUUGAGGAGAAAAGACAUGGUAUGGAAAAUGUAUAUAUGAGAGAGAAGGAAGAGCAGAAGAAGACAAAAGAGGAAGAGCAGACUGAAGAGUUGGAGAAAGAAAUUAAGAGACGGAAAGAAGAGGAAUGCAGGAACAGAGAAGAAGAAAUAAAACUACAAAUGCAGGAGAAUGAAGCAGAUAACAAAGUAACUGAAGAUGAGAGAAACAGAAAAGAUCAGGAGAGGCAGGAAGAAACAAAGAUAGAAAAGGAGGACGGGACAAGAAGUGUAAAAGCAGAAAACAUAGAAACAGGAGAACGAAGAUUUAAAGAAAGCGACAUUAGUAAGCAUGACACAGAGAAAAAGGAUAAUACGAGCAGUACUGGACGCCCCCUCAAGUCUACGCUGACAUCCUCAGGCCCUGCUCCUUCACACAGUGACUCUGCAGACUGUCCCAGCAACUCUGAAACUUUACAACAACACGACCAGACCAUCAGCCAGACCCCCACGUAUAAAACUACAGACCAACCACCAGCACUGUCCCCCUCCACUUCCUGCUCUUCAGCUGCGUGUCUUUCAGAUCACACAGAGCAGAAGAGGUUGGCGUGGAUGAAGGACUGCGUCCCCUGGUCCAAACUCUCCCUCCAGAACAGGAGGAAGCAGAGAGCAUGUGUCCAGAGUCGGAGAGGGCCGAGGAGGGUGGCCGAGGCCAGCAGUCUGCCCCCUCUCUGCACACACACCCUGCUGCAGUCCACAGGCUGCACAUGUCUGCAAGAGUUAACCACAGUGACCUUGGAGGACUUGCCUGGCUGCAGCCUGUCCACUCUUGCCCAGUGCCCUCAGCUUCGGUCCCUCACUCUCAGACGCUGUGGCCUCCGAUCCUUAGAAGGCAUCGGCCAGCUACGAGAGCUCCGCUACAUUGAUCUGCGGGAAAAUGAGAUCUCAUACGUGGAAUGUGAAAACAUGACCGGUCUACGAGUUCUUCGACUUGCCCACAACAAAUUAACGUCCAUUCAUGGUUUAAGCGGCGCUGAUAAUUUGGACGUCUUAGACCUCUCACACAACUCCAUCACCCGCAUCGCUGGUCUGGAGUCCGUGCGGAGACUGCAGAGGUUGUCACUGCACCACAACCAGCUGAUCAGCACCAAAGGGCUGAGAGACGUGUACACACUCCUUGACCUGGACUGCUCACACAACCACCUGGCGAGAGUGGAGGGUCUGGAGAACAGCGCGCUGCUCCACACACUGGAUCUGAGAGCCAACAGCCUUUCUGAGCCCCCAAGUCUGAACAACCAGGUCCUCCUCAGAGAGCUGCAUCUGGACGACAACAGCAUCUCGUCCCUUCAGGACCUCUCUGCCUGCUGGCUUCCCCUCUUACAACAUCUCUCUGCAGCCCAAAACAGAAUUACCCAGCUGCCCUCCAUGUCUGAUUUUGUUUCCCUUGAAAAUCUGGAUCUUAGGUUCAACUGCCUGUCAGAGGUUCGGAAUGUGUGUGACAAUCUGGAAGGUUGUCAGUUCCUGCAAGAAGUUCAGGUCACUGGGAAUCCUCUUCGGCAGGAGCAUGGCUGGAGAGCCACACUACAGAAAGCAUUGCCUGGCCUGAGCGCCAGUGAUAGGCAGCAGACAGACUCGUUUCUCUCGCCCCCUGCUGUUCAACAGGUCGCCCUGGCCUCAGGCAGCUUCCUAACACUCUGUCAGGCUCAGCUUCAGCACACUCGUGAUUUACAGCAGCAUCACAGCAGGGAGCUCAGCAGUGCUUCAUCUUCCUUGGAUGCUGUAAUGAGGCAUUUCACUCUGACUCUGAAGCUGGCCGAGGAGCAGAGAUUUGCCCAUGAAUAUGGUGACAACACUGUGUGUGAUGAGCACUGGGCUACUGUCCAAACACAGACCGAAACACUGGAGGUGGACACCAUCGUUGCUGAUUACCCAAAAAUACCACCAGCCAUUCUAAGCAGGAACAAGUUGAGACGCAGCUACUGGACUUUUGAGGAGACGCCGGCUGCAGAGAGUUGCCUUGACGCUUUUGAUGGUGUUAAAACGGGUCCGGAGCCAUCAGUUAGCAAACUGAACUCUGGCAGUGUCCUCUCCUUCGCAACAAAAGGAAAAACAACCUCCUUUAAUCCAGAAAAAGAACCUGUGUCCAACCAACAAGACUUGCACCUCAAAAACACGGCAGCAGUCGUGAUUCAGCAGCACUGGAGGAAAUGCAAACAGAAAUUUGGGAACAUUCAUGGCCCCCCCGUUGCAGAAAAGGGAGGAGAAAGAGGAGGAGGUGGGACACCAGAGCGGGGACCCUCCUUUAUUAACCAGAGCGCUGUUGGCCGAGACUACGCAGCGACUGUCAUCCAGGCACAUUGGAGGGGCUUCAGUCUGAGGAGGAGGCUUGCAUCUGCUCUUGCUGCUGUCACAUGGCCCGAUGCUGGCCAGGAUGACACCUUUGAGGAGGUGAACGUGGAUGAAUUUAUCUUCGAUGAGGCAGUUCUGGAAAAAGGCUGGACAUUUUCUGAGAACUCACCUCCCAGACACCCUGCGCCUCAGCAGCCACCGUCUCUGAAGCCUCCUGGACCCUGUCUUGAUCCCUCCCAGUACAUACUCCCCCCGCUGCUUGCAUGGAGCCCGAUGCAGGCGUGGGUGGCUGGGGAGCAUGUGGACUCUGCUGCACAAAGAACUUCACCAGAGAGUUCCAACAGAAGCAAGUCUCCUGCUUCCACCUCAGUGCCGGGUGGCCUCUCUGAAAGAUCAGAAAAGAUUCUGGAAGAAUGGGGCUUCACUGACAGCCACACAGCUCUUCUGAUGCUGAAGAGAGCUCAGAAGAUGAAGCCAAAGAAAGAGCAGAAGAAACACAGGGAUCCCUCCAUCCGUCUUGCCUUAUUCAGAAACAAGCAGUUACAGCAGAGUCCGGUGGAGGCACGAAACAGGCCUGCACGACAGAUGAGAAAUUAUGUAAAAGUUGGUGAGGCCGGGCUGGGCCUUCGGCGGGGAGAGGAGACGGAGCAGGCUCAGCACUGGCUGCACACGCAGGCUGCUCAGUCUGACAGGCACUCACAGAGCGAGCGUUUCUUACCGGAGAUCAACGCAUCCAUUCUGAAUGGAGGCAGAGUGCAGCUUGUGGCUGACCCAGCAUACGCAGAUCAUCUACAUCAUGCCAGUGGAUCGUUGGCCAACUGCAGUUUAGCUGCCCAGUCUUACAAAGUGAACAGUUAUACUCGCGGAAACUCCUCGGGUCACGCAAGAAAAGAAGUUCCGUCUCCCAAGCGAGUCACGUCUGCUCCGGUUAAAAAGGAGCGCAUCUCCUUCCGAGACAACCCGGUCCAGCAGAGCGGCGGCUGGGGAGGAGGCAAGAAGAGGGACAGGCUGUAUAAGUGAAACUCAAAUUCCUCCACAGCGAGGCCUUUUCCCCUGCUCUGAUUCCACACUGUUGUAGGCACUGACACAUCUCCCUCCAUCCCUCCCUAAGUACAGCAAAACGUAUGAACGCUAGCUUAUGGUCAUGAUAUCUUUGCCGUGAUUUGAAUGUGUUCUCUGGUAAAACGGAACAAAUUUGACAUCUCAAUAUGUUAAACUUUAGGAGUUCAGCCACUGAAGUGUCAAAGUGUCAGGAAAAAGCAGCCCGUUUUAUUUAUUAUCCUCUUUUAUCACCUGCUCUGAAUUCUCCUGCAGCUGUUCUUUUUAAACCCAGCUGAAAACACAGGCUCCCUCUUCUGAAAAUUAAUUAAGACCAAUAGGACCUUGUCCAGCCCAAAUAUCUCCAGGCGGUUCCAUUAUGUCCAUUCUGCUCAAGUAUCAGUGCCUGAACUCGAUCGCGGGCAGCCAGCACCGAAGCGCAUGAAAUAAAGUCACAAACCUUGAGCAAAUGACACGCUCCAUAUGCAAAUGAUGACAGGAAAUCAGAACCAGGACCUUUAGUACCUGCGGAUGCAUGUUUCUUUGGAUGCUGGAAUGCUGUUUCCAUGCUGAUUUAUAAAUACAGUUCGCAACCAUGGGAAGAAACUUGCCUUUUCCUCUUCUUUCACGCUCUAUUAGGAGUUUAACUUUAAUAAAGCCCAGAAAUGUAUGUGCAGUUUCGCUAUUCUGCGAGUAUAUUUAGCUCUUGCCCUCGGAAUUACCGCUUUUAUGAGCUGAGCACAAACAUUGGUGUUAGAAUUAGAGCCCUGCUUUCUUUAUUUUUAGUCGUGGAUCAUAAUGGCCCUGUCUGUGUAUUUGAAUUUGGAGAAGGCAAGACGUCCGUCCACAAACACUGCCGUACCGGAGGCGGCAGACCUCAGGCUCGGAGGUUCCUCGCUGGUCCGCCGCCUGAAAACGAUAAGUUAAUGAAUGUCAAAACAAAUAGUGAAAGCUGCAGAGUGGCUCCCUGGCAGGAAAUGCAUGUCUGUCUAUUUUUUUUUCGAUCUUCCCCUUACACAUGCCUGGAGGCGUUGUUUUGAUUGUACACGGGCUGAUGGGGAUUUUCGUCUUGGACAGUGGAGAAUGUCAGAGUUGUGCUGAUCCUGCCCACUUGGGGCUUGUUGUGAAAGCCAAGAGCGCUGUCCUUCUUUCAGAGAGAGACUGAUUCUUCAAUAACACUGUGAUUAUACCAGACCGGUCCAAUGUUUAUUGGACACAGGCCAUUACUGGCCUUUACUGGGAAGUAACAGGUGACACAAAAAUAGUGCGUAAUAACAAAACUCGCCACGACUUCGAAAUUGCCGAGGCUUCAAGGGUUCCCGUCCGCAACUGCUCCUGACGUUAUAUUGAUAAGCCAACAUCCACCUCUCUUUAGUAGACGUGUUUACUUUUAGAUUAAGGGUAAAUUAUAUGUAACCUAAGACAUCCAAGUCCUGCAGCCUGGUGAAAUGAGCGCUGCGCCACACAUUUAGAUAAGAUGAAGAAUGUUCCUCUCAGCUCGAGCCGCCCUGCCAACCUGACCUCAAGUCAGCGAAUGCUGUCAAAUGUCGUCUGUCAGAGAGAGGGUUUGUAUCCAGGUCUAUCAGGUGCAGUAAAAAACAAAAAACACACGUUUCCAUUAUGCGAAUUAUGUUCCAUUACGAACCACUAACUUGUGUCACUCUUGCAUUGUCUUUGUUGUCUAUAUUGCACCUUGUACGGGUCUAAUAUUUCAUUAAAAAGUUUUGUAAUUCAUUUGCAACAGUGUCCAGUGGCAGCAUGACUUUUACAAACAUGUGGAUGGUAUGGUCAGCGUGCAAGAGUUUCUCCAGGCCACACUAAUGCAAAAAAAAUAAAAUAAAGUAAAAAUAACAUAAGGCAGUGAAAGGCCUACAGCAGAGCAUCAAAUGGUUAUAUUUGACAUCCAAGUGAACGGUAAAUCGUAAAAAGACUAAUAAAGUGAUUUGAAUAGGAGGUAAAUCUUUUACACAGAAAAUUAUAUAGCUAUUUAAUUGGUAGAGGAGUCAGUUUUUUCUUAUUUAUUUCUGCCUCGUGACACAGUUAGCUCCUUUAGCCAAAAUAAAGAAAAAGGAAAUAGAUGGAAACUCUGAGGAAUGUGCAGACUCUCCUGGAAAGGUGAAGCCAACUUUGAACGAAGCUGGAGACAAAGUCACACAAGCAGAAACUAUUCUCCUGUGCUAAUUUACUCACACAAAGACAAACUGAAAGCUCAUUA